AGAACUAUACUGGAAUUAUAAUAAACUGAGGGUCAUUAGAGCAAUUAACACGAUUUGCCAGUCGUUAAAAUAGCAGGUAUUUGGUUCGGGUUUAUAAUUUUACGGAGCCAAAUGGAAAUGACGGGUUGGGCAUUCCUUCCAUCCAAUCCCAAAUUUCCACACACAGUAUCCAUAUGGGGUCCCACAACCGCCCACAUCAUCACCAACGCCGCCGCUCUCCGCCUCGGCAACUUCCUCCACCACCGUAUCAAGCAUGUUUUUUGUCAUGUUCAUGGGCCUGUAUUGAAGGAUGCAUGGCAUAAAUGGACCCUUCAUGUUACUGGAUUCAAUAUCCUUCAGUGGUCACAGGAUGUCUUCUCUGCCGAUGACAUGAGCUUAUUAUUCUUCAGUGCUGAUGAAAGUAGAAGGAAAUUCAAAAAAUUUCAGACAUCAUACUCAAAGUCAUCUAGAUCAUUCUUUUCCAGUGAAAGGAAAUGGACCAACAUAUUCCUUGCACUUAACAUAUUGAUAUAUAUUGCACAAGUUGCAACAAACGGCAAGCUUUUAUUUUGGGGAGCUAAGAUUAACAGUCUUAUUGAUAAAGGACAACUGUGGAGGCUGAUUACUUCGUCAUUCUUGCAUACAAACAUAGUGCAUCUCAUGGUUAAUUGUUAUUCCUUGAAUUCUGUUGGCCCUGGUGUUGAAAAAGUUAGUGGCCCUAAAAGAUAUGUUGCUCUGUACUUGACGUCUGCAAUUGCAAGUUCAGCUAUGAGUUACUGGCUUAGUAAGGCACCUGCAGUUGGUGCCUCAGGAGCAAUUUUUGGAUUAGUUGGAUCUUUUGCAGUGUUUGUUUUGAGGCAUAGAGGCAUGGUCAAAGGCUCCGAGGGGGAUCUUCGAUACAUAGCAAAUGUGAUUGUUCUAAAUUUGGCUAUUGGACUAUUGACCAAAGGGAUUGACAACUGGGGACAUCUUGGAGGUUUAAUAGGAGGAGCUGCAACAUCAUGGCUUCUUGGCCCAGCGUGGAAGAUUCAAUCCAUUUCCACUGAAGGACAACGAGCUUUUGCUGACACAGCACCAAUUUUCUCUCUCAUUCGAACUAAAAGUGACAAGUCAUAAUCCCUACUAUUCAACUGCUAGUGUGCCAGCUGACGUGACUCAAGCCUUGAGCACCUGCAGUUAUACUGAUAUUCCCAAUACAUAUGCAAAUGUGGCAUCUAUAUAUUCAUACACUUGUGGUUGAUUAAUGAUCCAGUUCUCAAGUCUGUGCUGUAUAGUUUGCCUUUCUUUGUACAGGGAAUAUGUGACCAAAAAAAUGUAAGGAGCAAAUUAGAGGUCAGACAUCUCUUUGCCUCUCGUUCAUCAACUGCUGAUGGCGGCCUGAUAUGCUGUUGUAUUGCCCGUCAGUUUUUAUCUGGCAUUAUUUGGGUUUUCAGGCAGAUGUCAAGGAGGUUCUUGGUAAUCUGAUUUAGGUGGUGCUGUUGGUGUGUAUUUAAUGUACACUUUAGUUUAUGCUCAUCUAGCCCAUUGUAGAAUAAUCCAGUUGAUAAGUGUUCCAACAUUUUUUAAUUCAAACUUCAGUAUCCUUUGUUCUUAUUCAUAGUUAAAUGUGGAAUAGGGAUCCAUUUUUUU